UGCUGGUCAGUGUUGGGGCAGAGAGCAGCGGGGAGUGCUGGUCAGUGUUGGGGCAGAGAGCAGCGGGGAGUGCUGGUCAGUGUUGGGGCAGAGAGCAGCGGGGAGUGCUGGUCAGUGUUGGGGCAGAGAGCUGUGGGGAGUGCGGAUCAGUGUUGGGACAGAGAGCAGCGGAGAGUGCGGAUCAGUGUUGGAACUGGGAUCACUGAGCGGGUGUGAGGGUUAGUGUUGGGAAUGAGUUUACUGGGAUACUGAGGGUCAGUAUUGGGACCAGAUUCGCCAGGGAAGGGAGAGUCAGUGUUGAGAUUGUGAUCAUUAGAGAGUAAAUGUCAGAGUUGGGACUGGGAUCAGUGAAGAGUGAGUGUUGGUUUUUGGACAGAGAUCAACAAGGAAUGAGGGUCAGUGUUGGGACUAGGAUCACUGGAGGGUGACAGUAGGUAUUGGGACCAAGAUAGCUAGGGGGUGAAGGAGAGUAUUGGGACUGUUAUCACUGGGGAGUGAGGGUGGUGUUGGGUCUGGGAUAACUGGGAGGUGAGGGAGAGUAUUGGGACUGCUAUCACUGGGGAGUGAGGAUUGUGUUGGGUCUGGGAUAACUAGGGGGUGAGGGAGAGUAUUGGGACGCAUCACUGGGGAGUGAGGGUGGUGUUGGGUCUGGGAUAACUAGGGGGUGAGGGAGAGUAUUGCGAUUGGCAUCGCUGGGAAGUGAGGAUGGUGUUGGGUCUGGGAUAACUAGGGGGUGAGGGAGAGUACUGCGAUUGGCAUCACUGGGAAGUAAGUGUCAGUGGGGACUGCGAUCACUGGGGUGGUGAGGGUCAGUGCUGGGAAUAGGACCAUUGAGGGUGAGGAUCAGAUUUGGAACUGGGAUCCCUGGGAGUGAGAGUCCGUGUUAGGACUGGUAUCACUGGGGAGUGACAGUCAGUGUUGGGACUGGGUUCCCUGGGGAGGGAGUGAGGGUCAGUGUUUAGACUGGGACCUUGGGGAGUGACAGUCAGUGUUGGGACUGGGUUCCCUGGGGAGUGCGGAUCAGUGUUGGGGCAGAGAGCAGCGGGGAGUGCGGAUCCGUGUUGGGACAGAGAGCAGCGGGGAGUGCCGUUCAGUGUUGGGGCAGAGAGCAGCGGGGAGUGCCGUUCAGUGUUGGGGCAGAGAGCAGCGGGUAGUGCGGAUCCGUGUUGGGGCAGAGCAGCGGGGAGUGCGGAUCAGUGUUGGGACAGAGAGCAGCGGGGAGUGCUGGUCAGUGUUGGCGCAGAGAGCAGCGGGGAGUGCUGGACAGUGUUGGGGCAGAGAGCAGCGGGGAGUGCGGAUCAGUGUUGGGGCAGAGAGCAGCGGGGAGUGCUGGUCAGUGUUGGGGCAGAGAGCAGCGGGGAGUGCUGGUCAGUGUUGGGGCAGAGAGCAGCGGGGAGUGCUGGUCAGUGUUGGGGCAGAGAGCAGUGGGGAGUGCGGAUCAGUGUUGGGACAGAGAGCAGCGGGGAGUGCUGGUCAGUGUUGGGGCAGAGAGCAGCGGGGAGUGCUGGACAGUGUUGGGGCAGAGAGCAGUGGGGAGUGCGGAUCAGUGUUGGGACAGAGAGCAGCGGGGAGUGCUGGUCAGUGUUGGGGCAGAGAGCAGCGGGGAGUGCUGGUCAGUGUUGGGGCAGAGAGCUGUGGGGAGUGCGGAUCAGUGUUGGGACAGAGAGCAGCGGAGAGUGCGGAUCAGUGUUGGAACUGGGAUCACUGAGCGGGUGUGAGGGUUAGUGUUGGGAAUGAGUUUACUGGGAUACUGAGGGUCAGUAUUGGGACCAGAUUCGCCAGGGAAGGGAGAGUCAGUGUUGAGAUUGUGAUCAUUAGAGAGUAAAUGUCAGAGUUGGGACUGGGAUCAGUGAAGAGUGAGUGUUGGUUUUUGGACAGAGAUCAACAAGGAAUGAGGGUCAGUGUUGGGACUAGGAUCACUGGAGGGUGACAGUAGGUAUUGGGACCAAGAUAGCUAGGGGGUGAAGGAGAGUAUUGGGACUGUUAUCACUGGGGAGUGAGGGUGGUGUUGGGUCUGGGAUAACUGGGAGGUGAGGGAGAGUAUUGGGACUGCUAUCACUGGGGAGUGAGGAUUGUGUUGGGUCUGGGAUAACUAGGGGGUGAGGGAGAGUAUUGGGACGCAUCACUGGGGAGUGAGGGUGGUGUUGGGUCUGGGAUAACUAGGGGGUGAGGGAGAGUAUUGCAAUUGGCAUCGCUGGGAAGUGAGGAUGGUGUUGGGUCUGGGAUAACUAGGGGGUGAGGGAGAGUAUUGCGAUUGGCAUCACAGGGAAGUAAGUGUCAGUGGGGACUGCGAUCACUGGGGUGGUGAGGGUCAGUGCUGGGAAUAGGAUCAUUGAGGGUGAGGAUCAGAUUUGGAACUGGGAUCCCUGGGAGUGAGAGUCCGUGUUAGGACUGGUAUCACUGGGGAGUGACAGUCAGUGUUGGGACUGGGAUCACUGGGGAGGGGAGUGAGGGUCAGUGUUAGGACUGGGACCUUGGGGAGUGAGGGUCAGUGUUGGGACUGGGAUCCCUGGGGAGGGGAGUGAGGGUCAGUGUUGGGACUGGGAUCCCUGGGAGUGAGGGUCAGUGUUGGGACUGGGACCUUGGGGAGUGAGGGUCAGUGUUGGGACUGGGAUCCCUGGGAGUGAGGGUCAGUGUUGGGACUGGGUUCCCUGGGGAGGGGAGUGAGGGUCAGUGUUUAGACUGGGACCUUGGGGAGUGACAGUCAGUGUUGGGACUGUGAUCCCUGGGAGUGAGGGUCAGUGUUAGGACUGGGACCUUGGGGAGUGAUGGUCAGUGUUGGGACUGGGAUCCCUGGGGAGGGGAGUGAGGGUCAGUGUUGGGACUGGGAUCCCUGGGGAGGGGAGUGAGGGUCAGUGUUUAGACUGGGACCUUGGGGAGUGACAGUCAGUGUUGGGAUUGGGAUCCCUGGGGAGGGGAGUGAGGGUCAGAGUUUAGACUGGGAUCCCUGGGGAGGGGAGUGAGGGUCAGUGUUGGGACUGGGUUCCCUGGGGAGGGGAGUGAGGGUCAGUGUUGGGACUGGGAUUCCUGGGGAGGGGAGUGAGGGUCAGUGUUUAGACUGGGAUCCCUGGGGAGUGAGGGUCAGUGUUGGGACUGGGAUUACUGAAAGCGGGGAUCAGUGUUAGGACUGAUGUCACUGGGGAGUGAGGGUCAGUGUUGGGACUGGGAUCCCUGGGAGUGCGGAUCAGUGUUAGGACUGAUGUCACUGGGGAGUGACAGUCAGUGUUGGGACUGGGAUCCUGGGAGUGAGAGUCCGUGUUAGGACUGGUAUCACUGGGGAGUGACAGUCAGUGUUGGAAAUGGGUUCCUUGGGGAGGGGAGUGAGGGUCAGUGUUUAGACUGGGACCUUGGGGAGUGAGGGUCAGUGUUUAGACUGGGAUUACUGAAAGCGGGGAUCAGUGUUAGGACUGAUGUCACUGGGGAGUGACAGUCAGUGUUGGGACUGGGACCUUGGGGGGUGAGGGUCAGUGUUUAGACUGGGAUUACUGAAAGCGGGGAUCAGUGUUAGGACUGAUGUCACUGGGGAGUGACAGUCAGUGUUGGGACUGGGACCUUGGGGGGUGAGGGUCAGUGUUUAGACUGGGAUUACUGAAAGCGGGGAUCAGUGUUAGGACUGAUGUCACUGGGGAGUGACAGUCAGUGUUGGGACUGGGACCUUGGGGGGUGAGGGUCAGUGUUUAGACUGGGAUUACUGAAAGCGGGGAUCAGUGUUAGGACUGAUGUCACUGGGGAGUGACAGUCAGUGUUGGGACUGGGACCUUGGGGGGUGAGGGUCAGUGUUUAGACUGGGAUUACUGAAAGCGGGGAUCAGUGUUAGGACUGAUGUCACUGGGGAGUGACAGUCAGUGUUGGGACUGGGACCUUGGGGGGUGAGGGUCAGUGUUUAGACUGGGAUUACUGAAAGCGGGGAUCAGUGUUAGGACUGAUGUCACUGGGGAGUGACAGUUAGUGUUGGGACUGGGAUCCUGGGAGUGAGGAUCAGUGUUGGGACUGGGUUCCCUGGGGAGGGGAGUAAGGGUCAGUGUUGGGACUGGGAUCCCUGGGGAGGGGAGUGAGGGUCAGUGUUUAGACUGGGACCUUGGGGAGUGACAGUCAGUGUUGGGACUGGGUUCCCCGGGAGUGAGGGUCAGUGUUAGGAUUGGUAUCAUUGGGGAGUGACAGUCAGUGUUGGGACUGGGAUCCCUGGGAGUGAGGGUCAGUGUUAGGAUUGGUAUCACUGGGGAGUGACAGUCAGUGUUGGGACUGGGAUUACUGGGAAGGAAGUGAAGGUCAAUGUUGGGACUGGAAUCACUGGGGAAUGAGGGUAAGUGUUGUGUCUGGGAUUAGUGGGAAAUGAGGUUCACUAUUCAGAUAGGGAUCACUGGUUGAGUGAUGGUUAGUGUUGCAACUCAAUCACAAGGAAACACAAUUAGUGUUGGGAUUGGAAUGACUAAAUCAUUGUGGGCUGUACCAAGGAAAUUAAAUGAGGUAUGAAGCCUCUGUUUUCACCCUGUCUUUUCUAGGGAUUGUUAGAGAUAGCCCAAACUACUUAUUGCAACUAAAGAAGUAGGAUUGAACAGAUUGUGGCCUCUUUCAGUAGUCUAACAACACUUUGCACACAGCAAGACCCGGUAAACAGCAGUGUAAUCAGUGACCAGCUGAUAUACUUUAGUGAAUCUCCCAGGGUAAAAGUUGCAAAUGACGGUGCAGAGAACCCCUCAAGUUCUUUUCUGCAAUAACACUAUGAGAUAUUUAUAUUUGAGGCCCUCCUUUGCUUGAGUUCUACCAUGGAUAUCUCAUUGAAACACAAGCCAGUACCCAAGACAGGGCAGUACAAUAUGUAGAGCAGCUGUUGCCCAUGUAGCAGGUUCCAGCUCUCCAUGCAGCUGAUGAAUCCAAAGAAACAGCAAAGGCAGAUACAGUUUUGCACCAGUGGUGUUGCUGGAGCUGCCAGUCAGCAUUAGGGACUCCAGCAACUGCAUUUUUCCUCGGGGUUUACUCCUGAAGCCUUCCACAUGAAUGGACAUAGACACAAAGCAGCUGAGGUUUGAGAUCACACACAAAAGGCUGCGUUCCACCAGCAUUUUGUGUGCGUUGCUUGAAUUUCCAGCAUCUGCAGAUUUGCUCGUGUGAGGUUUGAGAUCAGUGUUUCUCUUCUAGAUGAACUGCCAACCAUGGCUGACGAGCUCCAUCUGCUUGAAGUGACUUCUUUUAAGGUAUCAGUAACCCAUCUGCCCCUUCUCCUGUCAGUAGACACUUUUUCACCAUGCUUACUAGCUAAGCCACACAUGAAGGCCAGGAGUUAGAUUUGUCUGUUAGAGGCUAUUUGAGAUGCACAUCAUUGAGAACAUUUAAUUAGUAGUGGUGGUAUAUCCCCACCUCCACCCCCAAUGGUAACAACCUUAAGAAACCGAUAUUUAUAUAUUCAUCCGAAGAAGCAUAAGGGUUUAAUACUUCACCUAAGAGUUGGUACUACAGCAUUUAAUACUUCCUGGAAAUAUAAGCCAGGAUUUAUGCACAACAAAGCAAAGGGAUCUUGGGAAAAUUCCACUCACCUGUUUUGUCGUUCAUCGGGGCUUAUUGGGCAUGAAAACAGUCUUGUUGAGAGCAAGACCUUGAGGACUACGUUGCAAGGAAUGGAGACUGCAAAGAUAUCUACUGACCCUCUCUGGGAGCAAAGCACAGAGCAAGUCAAUGUCACAUCUUUCAGUAAUGAAUAUGGUAAUUGGACUAAUAAAGACCCAUUUAUGUCCAGUGUGAGCACCAUUGUGCUUCCUGUAGUUUAUUUCAUUGUCUGUAUAAUAGGACUCAGUGGGAACACUCUAGUUAUCUAUGUUAUUGCACGCUAUGCCAAGAUGAAGACAGUGACCAAUAUUUAUAUCCUCAACCUCGCUGUGGCAGAUGAGCUCUUUAUGCUUGGACUGCCGUUUAUUGCCAGCCAAAAUGCCCUGAGCUACUGGCCAUUUGGAUCUUUUAUGUGCAGACUGAUUCUCACUGUCGACGGCAUCAAUCAAUUCACCAGCAUCUUCUGUUUGACUGUAUUGAGUAUUGAUCGAUACCUUGCAGUGGUACACCCCAUUCGAUCUACCAAAUGGCGCAGACCCCAGAUAGCCAAGUUGAUCAAUGCCUCGGUGUGGGUAUUGUCUAUUGUGGUUGUCCUCCCACUCAUCAUAUACUCUGAGGUGCAAAAAGAAAUAAAUACUUGCAAUAUCAACUGGCCAGAGCCCAAGGCCAUCUGGUCUGCUGCGUUUAUCAUAUACACAACAGUGCUGGGCUUCUUUGGCCCACUGUUCAUAAUAUGUCUCUGUUAUCUCCUGAUUAUAAUCAAAGUCAAGUCAUCCAGCGUACGUGUUGGAUCAACCAAGCGAAGAAAGUGUGAGAAAAAAGUUACUAGAAUGGUGAUCAUCAUUGUCGUUGUGUUUGUUAUUUGCUGGCUUCCGUUUUACAUCCUAAAUAUCAUUAACUUAAUUUCCACCUUGCCUGAGGAACCUGUCAUUGUGGGAAUAUAUUCCUCCUUGGUGGUCCUUUCCUAUGCCAAUAGCUGUGCCAACCCCAUACUGUAUGGUUUCUUGUCAGACAAUUUCAAGAAAAGUUUCCAAAAGGUUCUGUGUUCAUGCAAGUCCAAUGGAAUUGAGGAUGCAACUGAACAGAAACAAGAAAAGAGUCGAUUUCCUGAUACAUGCACAACACAGAGAUUAGCUGAACCCAACGGCUGCAUGCAAACCAGUCAGCUUUAAGAAGGUAUCCGGUCAUAAAUGAUGCUGCUCCCGAGUUCCAACAAGGCUCUCAUCAAUACUUGGUUUUUAAGCAAAUGCUUGCUGAGAGUCCUCUGAAAUAGUUUAAAGAUACAGAGCCCUCUCUGCACAAAAUACAAGCAUUUACUGCAAACGGUGGUGGUCUUUGACAUUUAUUUAAGAUAUGUGUGUAUGUACGUGCAGUUAUUCUUAGGAAGGCAUGAGCUUUGAGAGUCUGUGGAAAUCAUUUAAAAUGUACCUACGGUAAGAGUUGUAUUUCCCAUGUAAUGUAAGUUGUUCUAUUCUGUUUGCUGAACUGCCUUCUCAUUUGAUUGAUGCAUUUUAUUUUAGGAAAUCAUUUUCCUCUACAGUGAGAGUUCUACACUGAGUUCCCGAGAUCCUAAAGUAAGCUCACACCACUGUCAUUGCAAAUAGAUUCAAUCCUAAUCAGAGGUUCAGUUUGCAUGUUCUCCUUGUAAUUUAUUAGGUUUCGAUUGGGUGCUCAUGUUUCCCUUCAUAUUCCAAAGACUUUAGGUUGGUAAGUUAAUUAGUCACAGAAAGUUCCCCUAAUGUGCAGAUGUGGGGUGGAUCUGGAGGGAGUUGAUGCAAAUUUAUGGAAAACGAAGUUGUGUGGAUGAGUGUGGGUAGAUGGCAUGGAUUCAGAAGGCUGAUGGGUCUGUUUCUGCCAUGUAUAACUCUAUGAAAGUGACCAAACUUAAGCUGAAAAAUGCAUAUCUUUAGCUAGCAGUUAUAUCAAGAUUAGUCACUAACACAGAGUCAAAAGAAAGGCAAUGAAUUAUGUAGUCCUUCCCCUUGACUUAUGAGUACAAAUCCACCCUAGGUAAGUGGGUGAUUCCUUGAGUUCCUCACAAUUUUUCAAUCUGGUAAUGUUGACUUAUAUUUUGGGAAAUCUCUACACAGGAAAUUAAAUGUAAAAUUCUCACUGAUUAAGUUAAUGGAACUUGCAUGAAGGAAAGACAAAGCGUAUGUCAGUGGUAGAAAAAAGGAAGCUUUAUUCCUUCAUUCAUCUUGUGUUACAGAUAAGUUCAAGGUUACCAAUUUUGAAAAUUGGAUAAGCAUCUCACUGCAGAAAAACUAUCUCUCAGAAUACACACACCUUUACAAAGAGCAAAUUCUCGUGUUCGGUCUAUUUUCUAGGAGUUAAAAUAAAAUUGGCACAAAAUGGGGGUCUGUAAUGUGAGCUCUCAAGUUACUUUUGCUAUUCAAUCCAGAAGAAAUAAUAUCCCCUUCCCCUUCCUGUCUGAUCCUAACAUCCCCUUAGUUGUUGCACUUUCAACAGCCUACAAGACAGAGUGAAAUAAUGAGGCAGAGGGUACAGUCUAACACUGGAAAUUUGGAGUCAAUUACACUACAUGCCCUGACUGUCCCAGUUUAACUAGCUUUAAUUGGAAUUUCUCAUUUGUAAAAUUUCCUGUGGUGUUCUGGAGAUCAAAAAAGGAGGAUGAAUGAUUUUGAUGAAGGUGUGUCUAAACUGACUUCUGGUGAGCCUCCACCAAAAGCACCUUUUCAUUACAACAGGCUAUGUAAAAUAUUUUAAAAAGUGAGCAUGAGCAAAUAAGGGUAAAAACUUCAUAAGUAAACCAUGAUACAGACCGAAUGGAGACAUAUGACAGAAUUGUAAAUUACUGGUAUCCUCCUGUGCAGUGGGAGAUAUGAGAUGAUCACACAGAGCAUUGAUGAAUACCAGUAGCAGAAUAGAAAUAUUGCAAAUGACCGAGCAUGAACACAUUGUGCAAUAUGUUAUACUCCAGUAGUUUCUUGUCUUCAGAGUCAUUAUGCGCGCAUGGCAGACCGAUGAUAAUGUAUCUGCAGAAGAGAAAAUGCAACAUUCAUUAGUCCUAUUCCAGCCUAUUUUCAGAAGAAAAACCACAUGCUUUAACUCCAUACCGAGCAAAAAUAUCAGUCCUGUGAAAGAUUAUGCUAAAAGUCUAAUAAUUGCACUUCAUCUCAUCGUCCAUAACAAUAGUGUAAAAUGUGCCACCACUCAUUCUAGCCAAUAUUGUACUAAAUGUUACCCACUUUUAUACUCCUCUGUGAUUAGCGUGGAUCUUUUGGUGAAAUGUCUGUAAAAUAGUCUGUUUACAUUUCCUACUGUCAGAGUAUGCUCGAUUUUUCUCAGUUUUGAAGCAUAAUAUCAAGGGACAAUCACACUUAAAGUGUCUUUGAAGCAUGUUAACUGUUUUUGUAUCUGGUUCCCUCCAAUGGGCUUGCGGGUAAAUGUGCUGCUUGUGAUUCCACUUACACUAGUAGAGUCCAAAGAUGGGUUGUCAAGUGUAGUUGCAUAUAUCCCAAUAAGUUUCAAAGCAAGAUGUUGCAUCCAUCAUUCCCCAAGCCUACAGUCCUACAGUUAAUCAGUUUGCUGAGUUUUUCUAGACAUUCCACAUGGAACAGCUGGUGCUUCUUGGUACAAUUCCCAAUAGAUUUUAGUCAUUUCUAGACUAUAUAGAAGUCCAGAACUUUCUGGAAGAGCACUGCUGCUUAUUUUCAUAUUGCAAUCCACUGCAAUGGAUUUGGCCCCUGAAACCAGUACCAAGUUGGAGAUGCAAAUGACCCUUGAACAUAUCCAUUUCUAUGGAGGUUGAAUGGCUGCAAAAGAAGAAAGGUUAAGAAAUAAGUAAUUUGUGUCUUAUUAUUUGGGCAUGGUUUAAUGAUUUUAAUUAAGGAGCAGAUUUCAAAUGCUUUGGCUUGAAUUAUUCCUUUAACUGAAAAAGGUAAUAGUUGUUCAGGUUUUUAAUUAUUCUAUUUUGAAUGGUUUGGUUUAAUGACUCGAAACAUCCAAUACAGGGCUUUGCCUGUCUACCAAAAUGUUCUGGAGAGAUUUUGUGGGUGGGACUUGCUCUGAGCCCUUUCUGUCACAAGAUCCUCUAGGGGCUGAGUCAUCAGCUCCACCAUUUUAGCCACCCAUAGCAGACCUCCAAAUCCAAAGGGGGUAAAAUGAUAUGAAUCAGUGAUGUUGAUGAUGAAAUUGGACGGCUGAUCCACUCAUAAAAAUCAGGGCCAGCGAUUUCUGCUCCUCACCUAUAGAGGCUAAACAUUUGUUGAAAUCAAACAUAGACACUUAGUCCAGAGGGGAGGCAAGAGUUAUGAGUCAUAAACAAGAAAAUGAAGCUGAGGUUGAAGUCAGAUUAGUCAUGAUAUCAUGAAUGCCAGAGCAGACUUGCAAAGCCACCUGGCCUGCUCCUACUGCCUUACAUUAUCAGCAACCUUUUCCUGUUAAAUACAGUAUGUCUACAUUGUAUGGGAAAAUGGGAUCUAAUCAUUAUUAACAAUUAUUAAAGAUUAGCGAACACAAAGAAUUGAGUGAGUUUGGUGGUAUGGGUUAAUACUUGUCCCUCCACCUCUGGCAGACUGAGCAGCCCUUAGAGAAGCUUUUGUAUCCAAGUUAAAAUGAUUCUGGAUCUUAGUUCAUUUCUGAAAUCCUUUAUGGGUGCACUAUCUCUUCCCCUUAUUUCCCCAUCUUUUUUCUUUGGUAUCCAACUAAAUAACUGGGUGUUUGUAGCUUGCGGUUUGGCUGGUGUAAUCAUAUUUGGGACAUCCUGGCAUAAACUAAAGAAAUACUGUAUAAAUAAGUUUAUGUUUCCUUUGUGGUUUCAUUUGGAAAGACUAUAAAUGCAGCUCCCCUUUACUGUUGCAUCCAUAUCCUGUACCCACAUGCAUAAUUUGUGUGCCCUCACAUACACCUAACUAGUUCUAAAACUAUCUUCUGGGAAGUUGAGCAAGAAAUCAGAAGGUUUCUUUGACUUUCCUUCAUCUUCUUGAGAUCACUUAACCAGUUGCAUUCAAGGGUCAGUUGGAGACAUUGUUAUCUUUUGAAUUAAAACCCACUUUAAGACUUGAGCACUUCAGGUGGAUGCUCCUUUUCAGGACUCAAAAGACUGCUGUACAGCCAACGAUACUACCUUUCCGAUGAAAUAUUAUAUUCAGGUUCUAUUUACACUCAAAAGAACACAAAACAUCCAUGGCAACAACAGUGGAAAUUCUCCCCAGUAUCUCAGUCACUGCGCAACAAGCCUGUCAAAAAGAGGAUCUUGCGUCAAUAUCAAAUUAUUGCUUGUGGGAUCUUAAUAUGUGCAAGCUGAUUGAAGUGUGUUCUAUAUUGCAUUGUGACAACACUUGCAAAGUACUUUAUUGAUUGUAUAGUAGUUGUGAAAUUCUGAGGUCAUGCAUGGCCCACAUAAAUGCAAGCUUUUUCUUAUCUCUAUGCACCAUUAGACUAGUUUGAAAAUAUAUCUGGGAAUUCUCUGAUACAGAUCUGCAGCCCACCAUUAUAUGACAGUGGUCUAAUGAAUUGAAACGUGAUCUUUUAUGAUAAAGGUAUCAUUAGACAUUGUACCAUAAGCAAUGAUACUCUCGGGCUAUGUCACUGCUGGAUUUUUUUUCAGGAAGUUGUGAGAUUUCAGACGGAUUUGCCAGGUUUAGUGGAUCAGAUAUCUUCUUCAAACAGAGGAGGAUCAUCACUAAACAGGCUAACUUACCAACUCUGGUUGAAUGUGUCCUUGUAGGUUCUGUUCUAUGACCUGUUGUUUGACUGGCUUAGCUCCAAGUUUCCAUUACUUACUACAACCCCACCUCUGUCCCCCUCCAACAUUUAUCAGAUAGAACAACCUCCUUAGUCUGAUUGGAAAUUGAAAAGAAUAUUCUUUGACUGAUUGGGUGAUCCUUAAAACUAAGUAAAACAGCAAUUUGUUGCACAUCACUAGUGCAUUCGUAAAUCGUUAAAAAGUAGUGUUGAAGAAAACAAAAAAAAUUAAGAUUUGAUUCAAUUAACCAUUGAUUCCCAAACAACUCUUGUCUUUGUGUACUGACAGUUACUGCAGUUCGUAAACUCUUUUCUACAAUGUCUACUGGCAAUGAGCUAAUUUGCGCAUCUUUCCAAAUGGCAGCAGUAAAGAGCUUAUUUGGAGAGUUAUUCUCAUUUUUCCUAUUCAGUCUCUAUCAGGCCAAGGCAAGAAAUAGAAAUGUCCAUCAGAAAUACAUCAGUGAACUCCUUGACAUAUUGGAUCCUAUGAUAUCCAUCAUCCUGUCACCAAACCUCAGUUGAAUGGAAGAUUAGUCACAUCUCCACAAUCUGAAAAUCCAGAAGAAUUCCAGAUGCUGGAAAUCUGCAAAUAAAACAGAAAAACGUUCCAGCAGGUUUAGGCCUUUGAGCAAAAACUGUGUACUCUUUCCAUAGGUGCUGCUAGACAUAUUGAAUAUUUACAGCCUUUUCUGUUUUCAUGUUUACAGAUUUGUCUGCUCAUCUUCAUGCCGAUUUAGAUUAAUUCAUGGGAAGCUUAAUAGGCAAUCAAACUCCAAAAUAUAAAUUCAGUAUUGUGGUGGAUGUUAACUGCUAGGGAUCACAGUUUUAUUCGACUAUAAUAUAUAAGGAAAGUAAAAAUGAGAAAAAUUGUCAACUUGGAAUAUAACUAACAUAUUUGAGUAGUUCCCUUACAUAUGCUAAUUCAACCCCAUGGAAAUUAAAGUCAAGCUGUUUCUAUACCAAAUCAAAAAUAACAGACAUAUACCCAGAUUUUCCCUACACCCAUUAUACUUCAAGAUUCCAGUACUUUCCUGUUUUAACUCCUGUUCUCUCUGCAAAAUAGCCCUUUUGUGAAGAAAGACAGCAGAGCUAAUCCAGUCUCAAGCCCAGGUCAAUGUGGAUCCAUGUAACCAGUCAUGGAAAAAAAAACCAAAUGAAAGCUGAUCUGAUUUACCUUACUGUUACAUCAGGUCUGCAGUUUUGAACCCCAAAUAUUAAUGUAUAUAGAAAGUCCAAAUCAUUUUGCUGAAGAAUCUUGCAGUUAUGAAAUAGAAUGAAAAUAAUUUAAUAUUUUUGCCUUUGAUAUAUAGAAAUAUGCACUCAUUAAAUCUUUGGCUCCAAUGCAAAGAUUGGUGUACAGAAAGAGGAGAAUCUUAUUUUUAAAGAAUGUAAGAGAAAAGCUUUGAAUAUGAAUCGCACCUAUUUGCGAUAAGUGAUGGGGUGUAAGGUUCAAAAUGUGCUUUACUUGGGUUGGAAUAGCAAUUCACCUAGGAUGUUAGCACCAAACAGGCACCAAAAUAGCGACCAUCUGAUUUUCUUGCCACCCAAAGUUCCCAAACAGCAUGAGAAAUACCACAGGAAUCCAAUAUUGCAAUAUCAGCUUAGAUUAGCAAUUAAAAAUGUUUACAGUCAAAGGCGCCCUGUUUAAAGAUAGGAAUUGUCAAACUACAUCCCAUCACACACUCUAAUAGAUCUCUUUAAGUGUGGUCUGGUGCAAUGAAGAAUAUAAAGAGGUAUUGAAGCAACUCAGUAGAGAUUUGAAUGAUUAUCUCGCUAUUAUGUGGCACUUUAAUCUCAAUUUAAUAUUUUCAAUAAGAAUAAUUAUUAUUUUUCAAAUAUUGAAUUCAAGUUGCUGUAUUUUUAGACUAAGAAAUUAUGCAGAGAAAUACAAAUUAAAAGCAGGUUGACUUCCCGUGAAGGAACACUGCAACUGCACUAAAAUAUAGUUUAUUAUAAAUAUUAAAUUAAAAUUUAAUCCCCAUGAAAAGAAUUAUAUUUGUCUAGGUGGAUCACUCAAAGUAUAAUCUUAUAAAAGUAAUACAUAAUAUCUAACAUUACUCAAGUUCAUUCAAACUAUUAUCAAUACUGUGUCCAAAACAAAGCUGGAAUGUGUAAUAAUAACUGUGAAAAGUAUUUAAAUGUUGUCAGAAAAUGCCAAAUGAAACUGCUUUCACUAUUUUCCUGUUAUUAAGAUGAUAUGUUAACUGUGUCAUGGGAUGAUUAAUAAAGGUUAUUUCAGGAUUGAAGAUAAAAGAAGAAAUUGAUUUAACAUUAAUGUUGUUGUUAUUUAUGUAUGGAAUCAAACUCUAAGGGAUUAAAAUAAACUUA